AUGAGGAAUGAUGGAUGGGAAGAGCUUAUAUCUAAGGUUAUGGAAAUUUGCAAUAAGAUUGACAUUGAUGUGCCUGACAUGAAUUCAUCAUAUGUACAAGGGAAAAAACAUAGGCGACAUGCUACAACUUCUAGUGUUUCUAAUUUGCAUCAUUAUAAGCAUGAUUGUUUGUUUAAUGUUUUAGAUUCGCAGUUGCAUGAGCUCAAUGCUAGGUUUGAUGAAGAGAAUACUGAACUUUUAGAAUGUGUUUCAUGUUUGAGUCCUUCAUCGUCAUUUGCAGCUUUUAAUGUGAAAAAGUUAUUAAGGAUGGUUGAACUUUAUCCAAAUGAUUUUGUGGAUGUGCCGGAAGUGGUGAUGCGACAUCAACUUCAAAAUUAUGUUAGAAAUGUUCGAUGUGACCCAAAAUUUGCAAAUUUAAAAGGACUUUCAGAUCUUUGUGCAAAACUUGUGGAAACAAAUAAGUGCAACACAUUUGAUAUGGUUUAUAAGCUUCUGAAAUUGGCUUUAGUCUUGCCGGUAGCAACUGCAAGUGUGCAACGUGUUUUUUCAGCUAUGAAGUUUGUGAAGAGUCAAUUAUGUAACAAAAUGAGUGAUUAG